UGUUUCCUAUUCGAUUUGCAAGCAGCCACCUAUCGACGUUUCGUAUUCGAUUUGAAAAUCACACUAACUGGCAAUCCGCUUUGGCAAAGAAAGUUGUGAAUUCCGAGGGAAAUUUCCAGCAAUCCCCACUGCUCCGCCGUCAACGUCCAGAGGUCCACUAGUCCACGAGUAAACACCGAACACACCGACACAGUGAUCGCAAGUGCUUAGCAGGAUGGCUCAGGAAGGUCAGGAUAUACCCACAUUCAAGUGCGUGCUCGUCGGCGAUGGCGGCACCGGGAAGACGACCUUCGUCAAGCGCCACAUGACCGGCGAGUUUGAGAAGAAGUACGUGGCCACACUGGGCGUGGAGGUGCACCCGCUGAUCUUCCACACCAAUCGGGGCGCCAUCCGCUUCAACGUGUGGGACACCGCCGGCCAGGAGAAGUUCGGCGGCCUGCGCGACGGCUACUACAUCCAGGGCCAGUGCGCCGUCAUCAUGUUCGACGUCACCUCGCGAGUCACCUACAAGAACGUGCCCAACUGGCACCGCGAUCUGGUCCGUGUCUGCGAGAACAUACCGAUCGUCCUGUGCGGCAACAAAGUGGACAUCAAGGACCGCAAGGUGAAAGCGAAGAGCAUCGUCUUCCACCGGAAGAAGAACUUGCAGUAUUACGACAUCUCUGCCAAAUCGAACUACAACUUCGAGAAACCAUUCCUUUGGCUGGCGCGCAAGCUGGUUGGCGACCCCAACCUGGAGUUCGUCGCCAUGCCAGCCCUGCUGCCGCCGGAGGUGAAGAUGGACAAGGAUUGGCAGGCGCAGAUCGAGCGGGACUUGCAGGAGGCCCAGGCGACCGCCCUGCCCGACGAGGACGAGGAUCUGUAAGCUAUUUAUGCAUAGUUAACUGGGAGAUAUGGCCGGCUUGCACUCACACAACACACGCUACACACACACACCACAAUCACAACAACAACACACACACGAGUCGAGGGAACAGGAUAACACAGGAGCAAGGACGAGGAACAGCGGCAGCAACUUGAACAGCAUCAGCAGCAGCCUGGAGCGUCGGCAAUAGUCUACUAUCCAUCUGUCCCCACUGUCGGAUUGCCAGCACACGAUCGGGCGCGCGACAACACCACCCAAGCAGCGAGAGCCCAGCCAGCUAAGCCAGCCAGCCCCUCAGCCGUCGAUCGUAACUUACUUUUAGAUCCACUCAUUGAUAAGUCGGUUAUACAUGAUUUUUUUUUUGUUUGUUCCCCCUUUGGCGUUCGCUUUUGGCCGAUGCACAGAUACAGAUACUGAAAUUGUCCCCAUGGUAGUGAAACGAAAAACAUGCCCGAAAUUCAAGUAAAAUAAAAAAUCGAAUUCGUAUUUUUUUAAAACUUGCAA